GUCACAGAACAGCAUUGAAGCUCGCACAAAUACAGCGGGUAAGAACAGACAGGAAACGAUGGCCGCAAGGCUUCUCUUCUGGCUUUCUCUGUGCGGACUUACAGCCUCAAAUCUUCGAGCAGACUUGUUGGGCAGGCUGAAUAUCACGGCACUAAAAUCGACAGCGUAUGAUGAGCUGUUUGCAGACGGGCAACGCGCGUAUCGAGAUGAAAAGUGGAAUGAAGCUAUCGAACUCUUAGAGAAGGCAAUCGCUGAUUAUAGAAACGAAAAACAAGUGAAGAUUCAUUGUAGAUUGCGAUGUCGGGAGAGAUUCCAGGCAUCAUCGUCUCAUAACACAAUCAGCGACUUGGAGCUAAAUUAUUAUCGUUACACGAUUUAUUCUCAUAAGUGUAGUCAGCAGUGCAGAGAAAAAUAUCUUGGUAAGCGAACCAAGGUCUCAGUCGCGAUUCGGGACAACUUCGAGAAAAGGCUUUCGUAUGGAUAUCUUCAAUUUGCCUACUACAAGGCUGGAAGGACAGUGGAUGCUGCCAGAGCAGCUUAUACGUGCACAGAAACUCAACCACAAGACAAGGCCAUGGCAGACAAUGUAAAGAUUUACAAGCAAAUGCCUGGUGUUGCAGAAGCUGGGAUUUUCUCCUUAGAACCCACACUUCACCAAGAGAGUUAUUUCAAUGCUGCCCAGCUGUAUGAAGAAGAACAGUGGAGUGAUGCCAUCCAGGGAUUUGAACAAGCUCUUGAAGAGUACUACACUGCAUAUGACAACUGCAAAAUAAUGUGUGAAGAGGAACGCGAGAAAAACAAGAUUUUAGGCAGAUCUGGCUUGUUUGGGGUUCAUGUUGACAUUUUGGAAUGCCGCAAUGUAUGCCCUGAUAAACUGAGGGAAGUGAAGGGGAUUUUUGUGAAGAAUUAUCUUGCAAGACAUUACAACUAUCUUCAGAUGGCGUAUUUUAAACUGGGAAAGUUAUGGGAUGCUGCUGGAUGUGCUGCAAGUUAUCUGCUGUUGGAUCCAGAUGAUGAUACAAUGAUUGACAACUUGAGAUACUUCAAACAGGAACUGGGAGAUCAGAGCUUAAAAAUAACAGCAAGAAAGGCAGCAAUUCAGUAUUUCAAGGAAGCAUCAAUUGAGCGGAAACUGUUACAGAUGGCAAAGGUGUACAUGGAUGAGGCAGAUUUUGAUGACAGUGACACCUGGUUUCAUGAUGGUCAGGAUGAUGAACCAAAAGAACAAGAAGUGAAACUGGAGGAUCUGGUAGAAGGGGAGGAAACUUACACUGUUGAGAAGCUCUGGGGUCUGGGACCAAUCAAGAAAGAAUCACUAGUGGAGAAGCCAGAUGAUGUUGUAAAUUUUGAAAGAUAUAAGGGAUCAAAGAUUCUUAUGACUGAGGCUGACCUCAAUGGCACAUGGAGGGUUGCCGUGGAUGGAAUGGCAACUGAAAAGGAAUGCAAGAUGUUGAUUAAAUUAGCUGAGAAGACAGCCACACUUGGUGAUGGUUAUGAUCAACGGAACAAGGACGACAAGCCAUUCUCUUUCACUGAGAAAGAAACCUUUUCCGGCGUCACGAUACUCUCUGCUUCAAAGGCAGCUCGUCGAAAGGAAGUACCUCUAGAGGAAGUGGAGCUGUACUUCAACCUGAGCGAUAAAGUUCGGCAGUUUACCGAGGAUUAUUUUCAACUAGACACACCUUUGUAUUUUUCAUAUUCACAUCUUGUCUGCCGCACCUCGCUGAUGGACCCCAAUGAUCCCAAUCCAGGCUUCCAUUUGAGCCACCCAAUUCAUUCCGACAACUGUUUACUGAACCUUGAUGGACUGGGCUCUUGUCCCAAGCGGUCGCCAGCUUAUACGUGGAGAGAUUUCAGUGCUCUGCUGUAUCUGAAUGGCGAUUUCAAAGGAGGGGAGUUUCUGUUUGCUAAUCCUGAUGAUUCUGUUCAGGCUAAACUUAAACCUGAAUGCGGACGUGCCGUGGCUUUUUCAGCUGGACUGGAGAAUCUUCACGGUGUGGCCGGCAUUCGAGAGGGGCGCAGGUGCGCUCUGGCUCUGUGGUUUACUUUACGAAAAAAACAUGACGAACAACUUCGAAAAGUUGCCUGGGAAACUUUUCAGAUGGCAAAAGAGGAAAAGCGAUUGGAAGAAUUGCCGUUGUUCAAGCCUGAAGUGGCGGCACAUUCUGAACUCUAACCGAAGCUUCCAUUUCGAAAAUUCAAAGUUUAUACUGAGAUCAAGCCCUCCUUUUCAAGCAUGAAGCGUAGACGAUGAGAAUUAGUCAAGCGGCGAGUACAAGUCAAGCGAGGAGCAAACGGGGAGAACUUGUCUUCAGCCUAUUUACCAAACUGCUGAACAGAUGACUGUGGGCGGUGGGAAAGGGUUCUGACAUAGUCCUAGACGAGCGUAAAACUAGACUACUUCUUUUGCACUUUAUUAAACUUUGUUUUGUUUCAAGCCAGUUCUAGAGGCAAAGACCUUGAAGUGUCUGUCUUUUUAGGUAACCACUGGAAGUAUGAGUUUCAUUUUUGCGGUUUCUUUUAAGAGAAGUUUCUCCUAUUCCUUGCCCCUAUUGAUCUAAUUUGUGAUCAUUCUGCGACGGAAGAAUUUGAAGUUGUUCUCGUGUGAUAGUGAAAGCAGUUCUCACUUUUUUCUUGCCUUGACAUUGACCGAUUUAUGUCCAAAAAUAGUCUGUCGUACGAAGUAAUUUUAUCCCUCCUGGAUACGUUCGCAUGUGCUGUGGGAAACAGCUGGUAUAACCCGGUUAUCGUGCAGAUUUUAAGAGGUAUGAUUAUACGUCAGACUUACUCUGAAACUCUGAUUGGUGGAGAGCAUACAUUCAAUAUACAAUAACGUGUGAAUUUGUCAUGAUAACGCAAUAUCUGCAGCAGGUAUUGGGUUAUCUUGUCGAGUUCAAAAUCUACCUAGUUUGUAAGAUCCUCGUCCUAUAAUUGUCCUUAAACUUUUGCAGACUCAAACAUUUGCAGCUAGUUUGAAAAAUGUAUUAAAACAAAAUUAUUUAAUUCGGUUUCACAUGAUAUCAAGAAGGAUCCAACCUCGUGUCUGUGUUAUCUGUUGUCAGCUUCUGGCUUCGACAGAUAACUCAGACGUCGGUAUUGAUAACUCGUAAUACCACGCUCAAACUCAACUAAUAAUGGCUUAAUACCCAGAUGUGCUGGUAAACAAGUAUUUUCUUAGAGGGAAACUUGAAAAUAGAUAAAAAGUCUUUAGAGGAUACCAUUCAGUGAAGCCCUCAAUGUAUCUGCGCGGUUUACAGUCAUCUCGCCACCAGGAAGACUCGCCACCAGCGAGCUCGCCACUGCGGCAAUAUCACCACCACCAAUUGCCACCAAACUUAUUUGAUGUUCAUCAAAGGAAAAGUAAACCAAAGUGACUGUAACUUAUUAAUCGAACGAACGGACGACAAGAUCGACAAGAAAUGUGAUCGAUCGCGUGCAUUUUUGUCGUAAAACGAGUGUUCUGAAAGCUCCCAAGGAGAUUCUGAUAACUUUUAACUUCGGAAACCAAAGAGCAGCAAGUUACAGCUCAGGAAAAUGUGUAUUUAUUUAAUCACACAUUUAAUAGCUAUACUUAAUACAAUUACAAUAUUCGUUACCGGAUGAGUGUUUGGUGGCGAAAUCGAUUACACUUUGGUGGGGAGGUGACUGGGUACCAUAUCCACUUGCUGGUGACCUCGAUGCAACAAAACGAAUGUUUCCUAAUUCUUGAUGUCAAAGGAAACUGAGAAAGUUUGUUUUGUUUUUGUCUGUAUUUUGAAGGCCACAGGUAGGCUUUGCAUAAAUGCAGAAAUAUACGUGUAGACACGCGGUAAAAUUUCUAUAUUAAUCAAAUUUUUGUUAGAGCAUCUUUCUCAAUGACAAAGAUAUGAUAUGUGUGAUAUUAUUGCCUAGAAUUCAGCUAUUGUGGCAAAUUUGAGGAAGCAAAGUUUAAAUUUACGAAGAGAUAUUACAUUGUAUUAUAUUUGAUAAGCAAAGUAACCAAGAGAAUUGAGGAAUCCUGUUAAAAGCGGAGUGUAACGUUACAUUCUGCAGUUGCGAACGGAUUACCGUGAAUGAAGAGCAAAAUUAUACGUUAGUAAAAAUGUGUCUUCAGCUUUAGUUUACUGUCAAAGCUUUAGCCUUUCCUAUUCGCUCUGACGAAGGGAUAACGCACGGAAUGUCAGUUUUAGAAACUCGCUACGGUGGCUAAUUUACAUUGCCAACUCAGUUAAUAAAACGGAAGUACCUUGUAACACCC